AUGUAUUCCAAGUUCCUUAAUUUUAGAAAGUUAAUCCUUUCCGCUUUAUUAAUUGUGCUCGUGUCCGUUUUACUACAGAGGGUAUACCUUAAAAGCAGUAGUAACAUUCCUGAAGUAAAUGAAACCACAAAAAAACUUAUUUACAAUAAAGAAGAGUUAUCUAAAUAUGACGGUGUUCAAAGUGAAAGAUUGUUUUUGGCGGUGAUCGGAUCAAUUUUUGACGUAACGAGUGGAAGUAAACAUUACGGAAAAAGCAGUUCAUAUCAUUACUUUAUAGGAAAGGAUGGAACAAGGGCAUUAGUGACAGGAAAUUUUAAAGAUGAAAGUGAAGAUAAGGACCAUAUUUUGGAUUUAAAGUGUGAUAACAUUUUUUCUAUUAUGCAUUGGAGAAAAACAUUUCGGGAAAAGUAUAGCUAUGUAGGAAAAUUAGAAGGAAGGUAUUAUAAUUCAGAUGGAACAGAAACAAAUUAUAUGAGGGAACUUAAAGCUAAAUUAAAACUGUGUAAAGAAGAAAAAGAAAAAGUCGAACAAGAGAACACAGAAUUCCCCCCUUGCAAUGUUUCUUGGAGUGAAGAAGAGGGGACAAGGGUGUGGUGUUCAAAAUCUAGUGGAGGAAUAGUACGCAAUUGGGUUGGUGUACCACGGCAGAUGUUUACGCCUGGAAAAGAUAAACCAAAAUGUGUGUGUGCCCAACAAGAGACCAAUAUGCUCAAACCAUAUACUGGAUGUUUAAGUACUUCGGCAGAAUGCUUUGUUAAGGUUGAGCACUAA